GUUGAAUCCUCAAACGACAUCAACCUUCAACACAACGGGCAUUUUGUCGUCCACCCGUCGAAUAUCCUAGCUAUUGGAUGAGCGCAUGAUUCUCUCUGACCUUUGAACCUUCACUUCGCGUUAAACAUAACUCUUGGUCUUGAUCAUAUCUUCUGCAUCUGAUUCAAAACCCCACAUAGUCCCCAACCAUGGCGGAAGCUGAUAACGAUCAUGUCUCGCCCUUUGCACCGCUCAUGGUUGAGCUGGCUCGUAUGAGGAACAGAACACUCAAAUCCGCGAUCGAUGAUGUAGAUCAAGUCAUUGAACUUCUUACUAAUGCUCGCGAGCAGAUUGCUCAAGAGCAAGACGCGACUCGAACUGGUAUGGCUAUGAUGACGCUGCAAAAUCCAGUCAAAGCCCGCUUCGAACGAAUCACUACAGACCUAAAGGAUGUUACCAAGGCGCAGAAGUCCUUUGGAAAGGCCCUCGAUAAGGCUCUUCCUCACCGAGAACUCCCUAUGGAGACUGAUGCCAUGGCGGACCACCCGCGACUUAUCAACCGUGCGAUAGCCAUGCAUCUUCUUCGCGAAGGUCAAUUUUCUGUCGCCUCGACAUUUCUCAAAGAAGCUACAGAUCACCCUCCCGGCCGCGAAGCCCACACCAUUUCACAAACAGACGAGGAUGGCGAUGAUGAUAUGGAAAGCGAGGAUGACUUAGAAGAUGAAAUGGCUGGUCUACAUUCAGAGCAUUUGCAAAACAAGUUCGCUGAAAUGUAUAGCAUCCUUUCGCAGCUCAAGGACCACAACCUCCUACCCGCCAUCAACUGGGCCCACGCAAACGGCGUCCAUCUUGAGGCCAGGGGAAGCACACUCGAAUUUGAGCUUAUCAAGCUCCAAUAUGUCUGGCUGUUCAAAGGUCCAUCUGUCAACGGUCUCCCCGACGACCCUGCGACCAAUGGACUUGGCGGAGCGAUUAACUAUGCUCGCCAGAACUUCCCACGUUUCCAGAACCGUCAUUUGCUAGAGAUACAACAACUCUCCAGCGCUGUGGUGUUCGCCCCUAACCUGGCCAAAUCUCCCUACAGCCAUAUAUUUGAGACAGAGUCAGCGUUCGAGGACGUAGCCAUGUCGUUCACUCGCGAAUUCUGCUCCCUGCUUGGCCUAUCGGCGGAGUCACCUCUCUAUAUCGCCGUCACAGCAGGCUCCAUCGCUCUUCCACGCCUGAUCAAAUACACAACUUAUAUGCGGGAGAAGAAGACAGAAUGGACGACAGAGAACGAACUUGCCUUCGCGACACCUCUGCCCGAGUUUAUGAUCUAUCAUCCCAUCUUUGUCUGCCCCGUAAGUAAAGAGCAGACAACUCAAGACAACCCUCCCAUGAUGCUCAGUUGCGGUCACGUUCUCUGCCGCGAAUCUCUGAACAACAUAGUGAAAGCAGCACGGUAUAAGUGUCCCUACUGCCCGACAGAAGGUCACCUUAAGGAUGCCAUCCAGAUCAGACUAUAGCAUACUGUUCCUGCUAGCAUACAUGCAUGGUCAUGCUACUUAUCACAGCGCACUGCCACAUUGGGCAAGAUGGAUUGGCGUUUAUUCGACUUGAAUGAAUCCAGCAAGGACUAUGCUUCGGCUUUGGUUCAAAAUCAAGAAUGGAAAGCGGGCGUUUUGGCAUUUUGUUUUACAAUUGUACCUGUUGGGAUAUUUCCUUUGCCUCAUAGACAGACACGUCGAUCUUUUCUCCAGCAUAAGCUGUGAAACACGCAACGUUCUAGCUGCACUAUUGUCUC